AUGAACAAAAGUGGUCAUCAACGUCAAAUACAAAAGUAGCCGCAUGGUGGCGACAAAGAUCAACCAAAAAUAGGCGUAAACUACACACAUCAAAGAAGCUAAAACACGAGUGGACUGUGGCUAAAUAACAAUUCUGCCCUAAAGUGAAUUGUUGUGAAGGCUUCACUCCCCCAGAAGGGAGGCGAGCUAUGGACUGCCACUCCCCUCUCUCCCUCUCUCUCUCUGGGCAAGGGAAGCACGCCUCACUCUGGACCACUUUAGUCUCUCUUCACAUGUCAAACUUCACCCCAUGGAGUCUUCAAACAACAGCCUGGAUGAUGUGUCGGCGGACGGAAGCGGGGAGUCUGCCGACCGAGCAUCCGUGAUGGAGACGCGUCUUCAGGCUCAGGAGGAUGAGAUCACGCUGCUCAAGUCCUCAUUGGCAGACGCCCUGCGCAGGAUCCACCUGCAUGAGCAGCUCCUCCCUGUACUCACACAACAGCUCAUUGCAGUAAACCCUGCUGCUGCCAGAAUCAUCAACCAAGUUUGCUGCCAUGAUUCCAUCCAUGGAGGUCGCCAGCCUCGUAACAGCCAAUCGGCACAGAUUGUUGUGAGCAGUACAAAUGGCCACACACUGUCAGCAGAUCCCAGACCAGCCAGCGUUGACAGAUGCACCCAGACAGAAGCGAACAGUACGGAGCUGGGUGGAGGCCAGAAGAGGAAGUUUUUAUCCAGGCAGAUGCAGAGCCUGCACCUGGACGACGCCCUCCAACCAGGGGUGUCAGAAGAGAUGCGGGCCAGGCAGCACCGAGCCCCCGUUAUGGAGGACGAUGAGCUGGAUGAUGACGAGGACGAAAGAGGAGUUGGGGAGCAGGACAAGGAUUUGAGUUCGAUUUCAUCAGUGGAAGAGCCCAUUCGGGCUACUACCAUCAUCAGCCUCCAAGAUGGACAUGCUGGUCCCGCAGGUGCCGACUUUCCACCAGCUUUAAACAGACGUUCAGAUCAGAACUCGGGCCCCUCGUCCAGUCCUCUGUCUCCUAUCCGAGAAGAGCAGAAGAAACCUCUCUUGAGAACCAAAAGCGAUUACCUGGUACUCCCGAAGAGGCAGAUCAAACCUCUGAAAAAGAAAACCGUGUCUUCAGCCAACCUCCUGUGCCAAUCGCCAAACUUGGAGAAUCGUGCCAGGGAGCCUAUGGCCAAUUCAGGCUCCAGAAGAGGAACUUACAGUCAAGAACAGUCCAUCAAAAUGUUCAUCCGGGGCCGUCCCAUAACCAUGUACAUCCCCUCCAACAUCCAGAAUUACGAAGAGCUGAAGAUGGAGCCGCCCUCCGAGAGACUGGAGCUGGACUGGAUCUAUGGUUACCGGGGGCGGGACUGUCGUGCCAACCUGUACUUCCUCCCGACGGGCGAGGCGGUCUACUUCACCUCCUGCGUCAUCGUUCUGUACCACAUCAACAACCGCACACAACGUCACUACCGCAAGCACACUGACUGUGUUCGCUGUCUCACACUCCAUCCUGAUAAGGUGCGAAUAGCGUCGGGCCAAACAGCGGGCGUGGACAAAGAUGGCAAGCCCGUGCAGCAGUGUGUUCAUAUUUGGGACUCGACAACUUUGGUAACCCUGCAGCAGAUCGGACUGGGAACUUUCCAUAAAGGAUUGGGAUCUGUUGCCUUUUCCACGAUGGAUUCUGGUGUUUUCCUUUGUGUGAUUGAUGACUCCAAUGAACACAUGUUGUCUGUAUGGGACUGCACCAAAGGCACCAAGCAAGCGGAGGUCAAGACCACCAACGAGGCAGUGUUUGCCGUUGAGUUCCACCCUGCUGACAGCACCAACAUCAUCACCUGUGGUAAAUCCCACGUCCACUUCUGGACUCUGAGCUCGGGCCAGUUUACCAAGAAGCAAGGCAUCUUUGGAAAAUACAAGAAGCCCAAGUUUAUCCAGUGCUUUGUGUUUAGCCUGACUGGUGAGGUUCUGACUGGAGAUUCGGAGGGAAACAUCCUGACGUGGGGAAAGUCUGCCGCAGAUAUCAAAACUCUUGGCAAAGGAGCCAAAGAAACCUUCCAGAUUAUGCGACAGACCAAAGCACACGAAGGGAGCGUGUUUACCCUAUGCCUCCUGCAGGGCGGUGCUGUGUUAAGUGGUGGGAGCAAAGACCGCAAGAUCAUCCGCUGGAGCGCCGACCUUGCGCCCGAGCGAGAGUGUGAGAUUCCAGAGAACUUCGGUGCGGCCCGCACCAUUGCUGAUAUGGACGGCGAGGAAGUGUUAGUGGGAACAACAAGAAACGCCAUCCUCAGAGGCACCUUCUCUGAGGGAUUUGUGGCCGUUGUGCAAGGUCAUGUGGACGAGAUGUGGGGACUGGCGACACAUCCUUCCAUCAACGUCUUCCUCUCCUGUGGCCAUGACAGGCAGGUGUGUGUAUGGAACACUGAGGAACACAAGCUGGACUGGUCCAUCACCCUCGAGGACUAUGGAUUGUGUGCUGAUUUCUGUCCAAAUGGAUCAGUGGUUUCAGUUGGCCUCAGCACAGGAAGAUGGGUGGUCCUGGACAUGCUGACGAGAGCGGUCAUUGCUGAUUUUGUUGACGGGAACGAGCAGCUGUCCGUCAUGAGGUACUCUCCUGAUGGCAGCUGUCUGGCUGUGGGCUCACAUGACAACUUUAUCUACAUCUACAAUGUGACAGAAAAUGGUCGGCUCUACACUCGCUUUGGGAGAUGCAAUGGCCACUCCAGCUUCAUAACUCACUUGGAUUGGUCCAAAGAUGGGGGGUACAUUAUGUCGAAUUCAGGCGACUACGAGAUCCUCUACUGGGACAUUGCUGCAGGCUGCAAAUUGUUGAGGAAUCGCUUUGAGAGCAAAGACAGGGAAUGGGCCUCCUACACCUGCGUUCUGGGCUUCCAUGUCAUGGGUGUGUGGUUGGAGGGCUCUGACGGCACCGACAUAAACGCGCUGUGUCGCUCUCACAGCGAGAGCGUGGUGGCGGUGGCCGACGACUUCUGCAAAGUCCAUCUCUUCAAGUACCCUUGUCCCAAACCUAAGGCACCCAGUCACAAGUACGAGGGCCACGGCAGCCACGUCACCAACGUGCGCUUCACCCACUGCGACUCCCACCUGCUCUCCAUGGGUGGCAAGGACAUGAGCAUUUUCCAAUGGAGGGUGAUCCGGCCGAACUCUUCCUCCUCCACCGCCUCUUCUGAACCUUCCAGCAGCAGCUAAAGAAUGACAGCAGUAAUUAAAAGCAGAAGUAGAGCGGCAUACAUGAAGCCAUUGGACAACUGUCACAUGUGGAGAAGGACUAACAUCCCAGGACUAACACCUAUAUAAAAUGCUGGUGAAACUAAAACUAAAUGCAAAAUGUGACUAUUAAGAGAACAUUCCUGGGUUUUUAUAAUGCUCUGUGGUGGUGUAUGACACUGUAAUUGAUGUGGGUUUACUAUAUUGCUACUAUGUUGUAUGUGUUAAACUAUUUGUUGGCUGUAGGCUGCCUUUAUGCUUACAACAGUGGUGUCCAAAGUGUGGCCCGGGCGUCAUUUUUGGCCCGCAGCCCGUUUGGCCCUCAGCACUUUCUGAAAAUAAAAUAAAUUCAUUAUCAAUGAGAUAUAUUAUUAGAUACUACACUAAUUUGCUUUGACAACUAUAACAUCAAAAACUAAAAGGUUUGUUUUGUUAAAAUAGCUUAGCUUAUAUUGUCUUUCGUAGGACUGUUUUUGUACCUUUAUUACACAAAAUGUGUCCGUGCCCACUUUAAUUCCUUUAAUUUUAUUCUGUAUAGAAGGUGUACACUGUGACAAAAAAUACAUCAAGGCGGUUCUCACUGUAGGCCGCAGAGGGCAGAGUUUUUAAGUAUUCAGUGAAAUGUUGCAUUGUGCCUCUGGAGUCGCUAGUAGGCAGUGUUGCAUCACAAAAGUGAUGUGGAGCUGACCCUAAAAUAGCAACUGGACAAAUGUGCCUUUAAAACGUAGUCCAAACUGUUUAAAAACAAGCUUAUACUUCGUAAAUGUAUAACAUGUAUUGACACACUCCAGUGUAGGGGUGUCCACAGUGUGUCGCGGGGGCCAUUUGCGGCCUGCACCUAAUGUUUUGAUGGCCCGCUGCAAAUUCUAAAAAUACUAUCAAAACACAAGAUAAAAAAAGUGGAAAUAAAAGAGCAUACAGGUGAGCUGUAACAAGAAAAAUUUGCAAUUUUGACUAAUAACACAAAGCAGCUAUGUAGGCUGUUUUUUUUUCUUUAAAGCCGUCAUUGCUCAAAAAGAAUAUGGAAUAAAAACCAAUGUUGUUGUGAGUUGUUGACCAGUUCAAAGCUCCAAUUACUUCACAUCAAAUAUUUCACAUUGAAAUAUAUUAGGAGAAAAUAUUGCAUAUUUUGUGUGUUUGACAUGUAAAAAAACUAAAGGUUUUCUUUGAAAAAAAGAGCAAAACAAACCCCAAAAAAUAUGGCAAACAUAAUAAAAAAAACUUAUAAUCGACAGAUCGGAAGUUGCUAUAGAGACUUAAGCAUUGAAAGUUUAAAAAAUACUUAUUUUCAACACUUUUUAAG